AUGGCGUCAGCGCAGAUAGAACAGUCCCAGGUGCUGCAGGAGGAGCUCACCUGCCCCGUGUGUCUCGACCUGUACCGCGACCCCCACCUGCUCCCCUGUGGACACAACUUUUGCAAGACCUGCCUCGAUCACCUCAAGCAGCAGGCUGAGCGCGGUCGCAUCCGCUGCCCAGAAUGCCGUGAAAGUCACCGUAUUGGCACCGUUUUUCAAAAAAACUUCAAGCUUUCUAACAUUGCCGACGACUACCGUCAUCGACGCAGAGCUGCUUCUGCAGCUCCCGCGUCUUUAAAAGCCAGAGGAACAUUGUCGGCAGCAACGCUGGCCAGAAGCGCGUGCGCUGUCCCGUGUGACUACUGCCCUUCUGUCGCCACUGAGGCGUCAGGCGCCAGUCCUGCAGGGGACCAGUCUUCUGCUGCUUCUGUUCCUCAGCAAGAUAAGCCGGAAGGUGCUGCCGGGCCCAUGUUCGCAGUCAAGACGUGCCUGAAGUGUGAGGUGUCAAUGUGCCAGGAGCACGUGAAGCCACAUCUGGAGCUACCCGCAUUCUGCGAGCAUCCGCUGACGGAGCCAAUAAGCGACUUCUGGAAGAGGAAAUGCCUUGACCAUGACGAGAUAUACAGAUACUACUGCAUGGAUGACAAGGUGUGUGUUUGCAAUGCCUGCACCAUAGAGGGAGAACACUCAGGACACACAAUGAAGACCCUCAAAAACACUAUGAAAGAUCUCAAGGUGACACUGGAUAAACAGCUGUACAGGGUUGAAAGGAAGUACACCCUGGCAGAGAAGAAACUCCAGGAGCAGAGGGAAAAGCAGAGGCAGAACAAAAAGUUUAUGGACGACUCUGAGGAAUGCUUAAACAGACUGGGUGAAGAGAUGAAGACCAAAGUUCUCAGCUUUGUCACAAGAUUGCAAGAAUGUGCACGCACUCACUGUGACACUAAUGGGCCAGCAAUUCAGAAGAACAUCUCCAGGAUUGGCCAGGACCAGGCCCGUCUCCAGGAGGUCCGCUGUGGCAUUGAAAGACUCAUGCGAGAAAAGGACCCUUUUCGCUUCAUCGAGGAAUACAAGACAACAGGAAAACAGUGCCGUAGGCAACUAAGGAAAAACAUGUUCUACCCAGAAUACAUUGACAUGGAGACUGACGUCCUUGUUGCAAUGAUGGAGGAAGAAAUGAGAAAGUUUCUCGAUGAGGAACUACCAUGUCAUGUUGUUGCUGCCAUUCACUCGUUGUGUCAGCUUUCAGAUCUGGAGGAAGAGGAUGUGGAGGAGGAGAAUGAAGAAGAAGCUGCAGAGGAUGAAGAUGAUGACGACGAUGACCCUGAUGACAGCAGUGAGGAAGAAAUGAGGAGCGAUGGGGAAGAGGAGGAGGAGGAAGAUGACGAGGAAGAAGAGCAUGAUCAGAAUGAGCUGGCUGAUGAUCUAUACAGCCCAGGAGAGGAGGAGGAGGAGGAGGAUGAAGAAGAAGAAGAAGAAGAUGAUGAUGAUGAUGAAGAAGAGGAGGAUGAGGAAGAGAGAGGAGUUUAAUUGUGGCAUUUUCUAUAGAAAUAUUUUUACACUUUUUGCUGCACUUUUUAAUUCCUAACAGCAGCGGGUGCAACAGAUGUUGGCAUGUUAAUGUUGCACUGAUCUUCUCUUUGAAUUUUCCAUCUGGAGAAGAGCAGCAGCUGCCACAUUUUGCCUCAAACCAUCCUACAAUGUUGAGGCUAUUGGAUCAUACAGUAACAGCCUUCAUUCAGCUGGAUCUACCGGCACUGAGAAUCAGCCAAUGUGAAUGUCAUGCUAAACCUGCGUUGCAUACUGCUAAACUUAAAUAAGGUGCUUAUUAUUAGAAGACAAUUGCUGUACAUGUACACACAUGAAUGUAUUACACCAGAAUGUAUGUGGAAGGACCGAAAUGCUUCACAUUUAUUUGGGCAAAAGCUUUGCAUGUCUGUGAUGCUGGAGUCUCUUCCACUUUAGUAAAAUAUGAGAAAAAUCAGCUAGUAUAGCAUAAACAGAUUUGAUCUAAAAUGUCAAGUUAACCUGUUCACUUGAAUUUCUGAUACAGUAGGUGCUAGUGAGAGAGAGAGUGAGGCCUUUGAUUCAGACUGAAUUGUUUGUUCUUAAAUUUACCAGGAAAAAAUAUCCUUGAGUUUCCGGUUAUCCACCACCAUAGACAUAGACUUUCAGUGGUUUACUUGGAACAGGCCCAAUGUAGUGUUGUACCAUGGAAGGAAUAAAGGAUAAUCCUAUUACAGUACACCAGGCUACUAACAAUGUAUGAAUCCUGUGUGUAUGGACUGUCAUGAUUGUUAAUGCUAGUUGAACAGCCAAAGAGUAACGUGUGUGUGCAUGGAAAAUUUAAAUAGUUUGUUUGCUUGGCAUGAAGUUUAGAAAAAGAAAAGCAAUGUGUUAUUACCAGUUUACAUAUGCUACAUGAUGGCUUUGCUUUUCAUUAUCCAUAGUGCUUUAAAAACAAUGCGUUCUUUAAAAACAUGUCAAAUGUUCCUAUGCACAGUUGAUGAAUUAUUACUAAAAUAUUUGUUUCAGAAUUUUGCACUUUACUACAGAAUAUGCUAUGAUUGACCUGAACUGUUUGAAUGUUAAAAGUUGAUUAUUGAUUAUUUUGAUACAGGUAAUAUUUUGUUUGGGGGCCAAACUAAAAUAAUUAAUACACAACAAUAAAACCUGUUGAUAUGUGCA